UGCUAACUCUGAUCUCAUCGUCUUCGCUUUCGCCAUUUUCUAGAGAGAGAAAGCCGGUGGAAACUCCGGCGCCGGCGGUUCAAGGAAAUGCGAUUCCUUCUACUUUUCAUCAUCCUCAAUCUCAAUGUCUUCCUUCUUCCUCAGGCAACCGCCCGCAUGCCUGAAUACCAGGCGCUACUUUCAAUGAAAGCUGCCAUUACCGACGAUCCUCAGGGAGAGCUUUCAACAUGGAACGUCUCCACCAACCACUGUACAUGGUCAGGUAUUACUUGCAACGUAGACCGGCAUGUGAUUUCCAUUGAUAUCUCAGGCCGGAAUCUAUCCGGUACUCUAUCAUCUGAUAUAGGACAUCUUCGAUUCCUCGUUAACCUUACGGUUGCCGCUAAUCAGCUAAUAGGACCUGUUCCUAUGGAGAUCUCAUCCAUUACAGGUCUUCGUUACCUGAAUCUUUCCAACAAUGGCUUCAUCGACAGCUUUCCAAAGCAGUUAUUUCGUUUACGAAAUCUUGAGGUACUUGAUUUCUAUAACAAUAAUAUGACUGGAGAUCUUCCUGUUGGUGUUUAUACGAUGACUAGUCUCCGACAUCUUCACCUUGGAGGAAAUUAUUUCACCGGCAUUAUUCCGCCGGAGUAUGGAAAGUUUCCUCUCCUCGAAUAUCUCGCCGUUUCGGGAAAUGAGCUCGUCGGCGUUAUUCCGCCGGAAAUCGCUAAUAUAUCUACACUCCAGCAUCUAUACAUUGGCUAUUACAACAUAUUCACUGGAGGAAUACCUCCUGCGAUUGGAAAUCUGUCGAGACUUGUUCGAUUCGACGCCGCUUGUUGUGGACUUGACGGUGAGAUUCCGCCGGAGAUUGGUAGGCUACAGAAUCUGGAUACUUUGUUCUUGCAGGUGAAUACUCUUGCAGGUCCUUUGACGCCUGAACUUGGAAGCUUGAUGAGUAUGAAAUCCAUGGAUCUAUCUAACAACUUGUUCACCGGCGAAAUACCUGCUACAUUCGCGAAUCUGAAGAAUCUUACACUUCUUAAUCUAUUCCGUAACCAGCUACACGGUUCAAUACCGGAUUUCAUCGGUGACUUGCCUUCGCUUGAGGUGUUGCAGCUAUGGGAAAAUAAUUUCACCGGAAGUAUUCCUCAGGGUUUGGGAACAAAUGGAAAGCUUCAGAACGUUGAUCUCUCGUCAAACAAGCUGACGGGAAGUUUGCCGCCGGAUCUCUGCUCCGGUAAUAACCUUGAGAUUCUGAUAACACUCGGAAACUUCCUGCUCGGACCGAUCCCGGAAGCUCUUGGGAAAUGUGAAUCACUGAGUCGAAUUCGAAUGGGAGAGAAUUAUCUCAAUGGUUCUAUACCUAAGGGUCUUCUUAACUUACCAAAGCUCACUCAAGUUGAGCUUCAGGAUAAUCUUUUAUCAGGGUAUUUUCCACAAACAGAUGGUCUGUCCGAAAAUUUAGGCCAAAUUAGUCUGUCAAACAACCAGCUCACCGGACCAUUACCUCCGACCAUCGGCAAUUUCUCCGGUAUUCAGAAGCUUCUUCUAGAUGGAAACCAGUUCUCAGGUUUAAUACCACCCGAAAUAGGAAAGCUACAGCAGCUUUCCAAGAUCGACAUCAGCCAUAACAACUUCUCAGGUUCAAUCCCACCUGAAAUCAGUCAAUGUAAGCUUCUAACAUUCGUUGAUCUUAGCCGGAACCAACUAUCCGGUAAAAUCCCACCUGAAAUUACAAAUAUGCGAAUACUCAACUACUUAAAUUUGUCAAAGAAUCACUUUAUAGGAACAAUUCCUACAUCUAUAUCCUCCAUGCAGAGCCUAACAUCUGUUGAUUUCUCAUAUAACAAUCUAUCUGGUUUAGUCCCUAGUACAGGCCAGUUUAGUUACUUCAACUAUACUUCAUUCCUAGGAAAUCCUAAUCUUUGUGGCCCAUAUCUAUCUCCCUGCAAAAAUGGGAUUAACAGCGACUCGCACCCUGCUCAUGUAAAAGGCCUCUCAGCUUCUCUAAAGCUUCUACUAGUAAUCGGUCUUCUUCUAUGCUCCAUCGCCUUCGCCAUAGCUGCCAUUGUCAAGGCAAGAUCAUUGAAAAGGGCGAGCGAAGCUCGGGCAUGGAAACUAACAGCUUUCCAACGCCUGGACUUCACUAGCGACGAUAUACUGGAUUGUUUGAAGGAAGAUAACAUUAUAGGAAAAGGAGGAGCCGGGAUUGUAUACAAAGGCUUGAUGUCAAACGGAGAUCACGUGGCUGUGAAAAGGCUUCCGGGUAUGACCCGGGGUUCUUCCCAUGACCACGGGUUCAAUGCUGAGAUACAGACAUUAGGGAAGAUCCGACAUAGAUAUAUAGUGAGGCUGUUGGGUUUCUGUUCAAACCAUGAGACUAAUCUAUUGGUGUAUGAGUAUAUGCCUAAUGGGAGCUUAGGUGAAGUUCUUCAUGGAAAGAAAGGUGGACAUUUGUAUUGGGAAACUAGGUAUAAGAUUGCUUUGGAGGCUGCUAAAGGACUUUGCUAUCUUCACCAUGACUGUUCACCUCUUAUUGUUCAUAGAGAUGUUAAGUCAAACAAUAUUCUUCUUGACUCCAAUUUUGAGGCUCAUGUUGCUGAUUUUGGCCUUGCUAAGUUCAUGCAAGAUUCUGGAACUUCUGAAUGCAUGUCUGCCAUAGCCGGCUCUUAUGGAUACAUCGCUCCAGAAUACGCAUACACAUUGAAGGUCGACGAGAAGAGCGACGUUUACAGUUUCGGGGUUGUUCUGUUGGAACUUGUGAGCGGGAGAAAGCCAGUUGGGGAGUUUGGAGAUGGAGUGGAUAUAGUACAAUGGGUGAGGAAGAUAACCGGAGGGAAGAAGGAAGGAGUUGUCAAAGUUAUCGAUCCAAGACUCCAUAAGGUUCCGUUUGACCAAGUCAUGCAUGUUUUCUAUGUUGCCAUGUUGUGUGUUGAGGAUCAGGCUGUCGAACGUCCUACCAUGAGGGAAGUUGUUCAAAUGCUGACUGAACUUCCAAACGAACCUUCCUCAAAUCCUAAACAGGGAGACUCACCGGAGUCUGUUAAAGGUGAGGUGCCGGCGCCGGUGAUGGUGGCGGCGGUGGCGGGGGCUGGUGGUGGAAGUAAUAAUGAGAUGUCCCAAUCACUUACAACUGAUCUUCUUAGCAUUUAAUAAUGUAGGCUGUCUAAGUUUUAUUUAAUGUUUUUUUGAAUUUAUUAGUUUCAAUGUUUUGUUGUUUGUUAUGUUUAAUGUUUGAAGUUUAUUUUAUUUUAUUUUAUUGGGGGUCCAUGAGUGUAGUGUGUAUAUAAGGGUAAAUGUUUGGCUUGUUGAAAAACAACUCAUUUAUUUUCUUUUGAUUUGAUUUUGUGAUGUG